AUGACCAGUUCCAAAACCAGUACUCCAGAUAUCGAUCUAGAGAAAUACGAUCUUUUGACUGAAGGUUCUACCACGAUUUUAUUUCCAAAAAAUAAUGUUUUCUAUAAUCCAGUGCAGCAAUACAACAGAGACCUCUCGUCCCUUGCAAUCAGAGCAUACACGCAACUUUGUCUGGAAGAAGGAGCGUUGAAGAGAAACAAACAACCGUCUGGUGAUGCAGAAGAGGAAGCUGCAGAGGAACCAUCGAGCAAACCCUUUGCCAGGUUGCUCGAAGCGCUAUCGGCAUCUGGUCUUCGUGCAAUUAGAUACUCGAAAGAAGUGCCACUACUUGAACACAUUGUUGCCAACGAUCUUUCUUCGCACGCAGUCAAAUCAAUACAGCUUAAUUGCGACUAUAACAAAACCACAAACGUGAAAGCACAAGAGGCAAACGCUAUCACCCACAUGGCCAACUCACCUUCGGCAUACCACAUCAUUGACUUGGACCCAUAUGGAACUGUUGCGCCCUUCGUCGAUAGCGCCAUCAAUGCUGCCAAGAACGGAGCUUUACUCUUGAUCACCUGUACAGAUUUGGGGGUCCUUGCCGGUAACGGCUACCCGGAGAAAUGCUACUCUCUUUACGGCGGUACCAACGUGUGGGGAGACGCAACGCACGAGAGUGCAUUGAGGUUAGUGCACGGCAUGAUUGCCCGUACUGCUGCAAAGUAUGGGGUUUCCAUUGAGCCGGUGUUAUCUCUGAGCAUCGAUUUCUACGUGCGUGUUUUCAUCCGUGUCUGGCACAAACCCAUCAAGGUGAAGGAGUUAAUGGCUGCAAACGAAGUUGUUGUCAAGUGCAGUGGCUGUCAUUCCACUACCACCCAGCAGCUAGGUAAGAUGACGGAACCAGAUGCCAAGGGCAGGAGAAAAUACGGUUUGGCUAAAAUCCAACCGGGCAUCAGCUCCCACUGUUCCUUCUGUGAAUACACCAACCACAUGUGUGGUCCAAUGUGGGGUGGGCCUCUACACAACAAGAAGUUCAUUGACAGAAUCUUGAAACUUGUCGACGAGGAAGAAGCCAGGAAGGCACCGAAUGAAACCACGUACGGUACCUUGAAGCGUGUGAGGGGUAUGUUGACAAUGGCCAAGAACGAGCUGGGAGACGCAGAGAGCUCCGAAAGCGACAUCCAUGAUUCUCAGUUUUACUUUGCCACGACUACCAUUUCCAGAGUCUUGAAAAUACCUGCUCCUUCCUUAGAGGACUUUUGUGCUGCGUUGGGGAACCUUGGCUACGACGCCUCCCUAACACAUGCGGCAAGCAACUCCAUUAAGACCAACGCAUCAUGGAACGUCCUUUGGUACAUCGGACAGCAAUUUGCUAAGAGAGCUGCGGUGGACGCCCAAAGGCUCAGCCACACCACUGCCGGAUACAAAAUCCUUACCAACGAGACUAUUGCAAAGUCGAUUGACCUCCGUGCCGUCAUGAAGGAGAAGCUGGCGCUCACCGACGACGAUGCCGCCGCCAAGACGGACAAAGACGUGCUCGAGUGGUUGUUUACACCAAAUUCAGUCAGCAAUCACGUUCAGAAACUCCGCAGAAUCAAGAUUGUGCGAUACCAGGAGAACCCAACCAAGAACUGGGGGCCAAAGGCAAGACCUAAAUGA